AUGGAGCAGUCCGUCUUCGCAAUCGAAGCAACGCCGGAAUCCCAAAUUUUAACCUCAAUCGAAGUCCACAACGACGUCGGACAGAAAUACGAGAAAGCUUACGCCCACGACGAAGCCCAUGCGCGCUCUCUCCAAUGGCUGAUCGCAAAUCUCUCGCCGGGCUCGAAAGUCUACGAUGUCGGGUCCGGCACUGGAAGGCCUACGGCAAGCAGACUGGUCGAAGCUGGAAUGGAAGUCACCGGGAUCGAGAAUUCUCCUGUCAUGCUUGGAAUCGCCCGAGAAGAAGUCCCAGCUGCGAAAUUUCUCGAAGCGGAUCUGCGCACUUGGGAACCUCAUCCCAGUGAUGAUGCGGCGGAUUGCGUGGUGGCGUAUUUCAGUCUGAUCGCCGAUGUCACGCAGGAUGAUAUUCGGGGGUUUUUUAUCCGGGUUUAUCGUUGGUUGAAACCAGGUGGAUUGUUUGUCUUCGGUACGGUGCCACUUGCAGGUAACUUGGUCCCUUGCAGAUGGCUGGGAAGAAAUAAAAUCGCCUCUGGACUGGACACGCAUGAUAAUUUGAACUCGAUCAAUGCCGCGGGAUUUUCGGUAGAGAAACACGAGAACGAGAGAUUCACUCCGAACGGAGUCGAAGCUGGACUUUGCGGAGAAGAAGACGUUCACCCAGAAGAGCAUUUAUUCAUUUACGCUCGAAGACCAACCUGA